AUGGAUUCUCCUCACCGAUCCAAACGAGUAUUCGUUUUUCCUAUAAUUUGGACACCUAAAAAGAAUGGUAAGGUAGAUAUAAGCUACCCCAAACUCUCGACAAGACACAUUACAACCACAGCAUCCACACAAACUGGAAAAUCCCCCCACCACACCUACUUCAGGAGCGGAGGUUCAAAGAUCCUCCACAAAUGGAGCCACAUGACACGGACUUACCGCCAACAAGGGGCUACAGCAUCACAACUCCAAACCCAAGCUCUUGGACGAGGCAGAUGUAGUGAUUUACAACAGUGCUCAUCUUAA